AUGGCGGCCUCCAGUUGGGCGCGCGCGGCCCUGCUGCUGCUCUGUGCCUCCGACCUUCUGCUACUGCUUCUGCUGCCGCCUUGUGGGGCCUCGGCGGCCGAUAGUGCGGCCGGGACGCCCGGCGACGCCACCCCGCCUCCGCGGAAGAAGAAGAAGGACAUUCGCGAUUACAAUGAUGCGGACAUGGCACGUCUUCUGGAGCAGUGGGAGAAAGAUGAUGACAUAGAAGAAGGAGACCUACCAGAGCACAAGAGGCCCUCGGCUCCAGUCGACUUCUCACAGAUAGACCCAGGCAAGCCUGAGAGUAUAUUGAAGAUGACAAAGAAGGGGAAGACCCUCAUGAUGUUUGUUACUGUGUCGGGGAGCCCCACUGAGAAGGAGACGGAGGAGAUCACCAGCCUGUGGCAGGGCAGCCUGUUCAACGCCAACUAUGAUGUGCAGAGGUUCAUCGUGGGAUCAGACAGAGCCAUCUUCAUGCUGCGUGAUGGAAGCUAUGCCUGGGAGAUCAAGGACUUUCUGGUCAGUCAAGACAGGUGUGCUGAUGUCACUCUAGAGGGACAGGUGUACCCUGGCAAAGGAGUAGGAAGCAAAGAGAAGAAUAAAACCAAGCAAGAGAAGAGCAAAAAGAAGAAGGAAGGAGGUUCAAAGUCACAGGCUUCCAAGGAAGACAAUCGUGCAGGCAGUAGACGAGAAGACCUGUGAUGGACGGGACUGGCAGGAGAGCUUGCCUGGUUCAUGGGUGGGGGGGUUGCAGAAAUUGCAUACCGGUGACAUUCUUGUUCCUUCUAGAAAGGUCUGCCACUUGGCCAGCUCGUUACAGUUGAAAAAGCUCCAAGCAUGAAGGCAGAGGUUUUCUAACUAAUAGUGGACACUGAAAAGUUCAUGUUUACUGUCUAGUCACCUCUCACAGGAGCUUCCUGUGUUGCUUUUUCCCAUCUAAGUCUGAGUCCUGUCUCCUCAGGAUGACAGUCCCUCUUCACUGCACGCUCUGGUCUUGUGGCCUGCUGUGUCCAUGCUUUCGACUUUCUAUCAGCUGGGCUCUAAUCAGAUGAACCUUGAGAGUGCUUGGUCUAAUUGAGUCAGAGUGUUGAUGUCGCGGUCACCAUUUUCAAGCAGUGAAGAUAAGCCCUGUAAUGGGAGCCACGAAGCUCAGGGAGCCUGAGCAGGACACGCAGAGAAUGCCAGCCAGGGCCACUUGGGAAUCUUUGGAGUCCUGAUCCCUAGUUCGAGAGCCCUUGCCAUCUGCCAGCCCCUCAUGGUCCAGUGAGGUGUCUGCUCUGUUUCUUGUGAGAAAGUGGUGCUGGUGCUGGGCCCGCUGGCUCUAUGUCAUCUGGCAGCUGAGGAGGGAUGGCAGGGGACUCCGUGACCUCAUUCAGUAUUUCUAAGCAUUUUUCUUUGAUAAAGUGCCUAAACUUGUGGUGUUUUGUAUGGUACUAACACAAUGGGCUGCUGUUUGUGUCUGAGUUUUUCACUGUUCAUAUAUUGGAAACUACUCUGAAUAAGAACCUUUAUAUAUGGAUGUCAUUUUUAAGAACUUAAAUUCUUUGGGAAAAAAAAAACCUCAGUUGUGACUUUAAGAAAUAAAAAACAGCACAUGUGCCUGGUUAGGAUCACUUAAAGAAUGAUACAAAGUGAAAAGUGAUCCCUUCCCUGAUGUCAGUGCCUGUCCCACUGGAGCUGCCAUUAAUUUGGGGUUUGUUUUUGUUUUCUUUUUUAAAAAAUACAUUCACCAGCUUGUAGGACAUGUGUUCAUUUUGGCAUUGCAGCACCUUUUCAACUUUAUAUUGGUUUCAUUCAUUUCUCAGUGAACCACAGUUCCCAGAGGCAGAGGCUUCUGCCUGCAUCCCUUCCCUGCAGGCCACACCCAUUACCUGCUGAGGGCCAAUCAUAGUUGACUGCAGGUGAGUUUGCUUGAGCCUCCUCAGGGAAAGAUUUUUUGUUUUUUUGGGAGCAUUAGGGCAUGAAUUCAGGGCCUCACUCUUGCUGGGCAGUUGCUCUACCACUGGAGCUUCCUGAAUAGCUAGGAUUGCAAAUGUGCGCCAGUGGUGCCCAGCACCUCAUGCGUUUUGACCUGGAAGGCUGGAGCAUCAGCAGCUGUCUUACUGUUGGAAGAUGGAGCCAACACGGGCAGCAGGGAUAAGCAGGGCAAAGUGCUGGCUCUGGGACACUAAAUCUAGCCAGGUCUAAAAUGUCCAGUCCCUGGGGUUUUCCUGUUGUUACUGAGGGCAGUUUGUUGGGCUUCUGUCACGUGUAGCCAUAUAGUCCAGUGUCACCAACUUUUUUUUUUUUUUUUUUAAGCAAGUCUCUUGAUUAGAUCAUUAUUUUAGUGAGUCCCAGCAGGAGCAGAGCCUCUCACUGCCAUGCACCCCGCCCUCCCAGCUAGAUGCUUCUCAAUAGCAGAAGGUACAGGUUGCUCCGUGCAUUCUUUGCAGCACACAGCUAUCUCUGCCAGGACUCAAUUAGUGUCUGCUAUGUCGUAGGCUUUGUUAGGUGAGACUGAAGUGGUCGGAGGCAGGUAUUAAUGUCUGGAAGUACAGAGGUGUAUGUUGCCAGAUUUCUGUCCCAAGUGCUGUCCUUCCAGCCCUAGGUACCAUACUUGUCAGGUUAGUAAAACCUUGUUCUAAUUGUCUGCACUGUAGCCACUGUGCUGGAGGGGCUCCAUAUAAGUGCUCGAAUGAUAGAGUUGCCCAGAAGCCAACUUACUUCAGCCCAAGCUAAGGUGGAGAGCAGAGAUGAACUGUUCUACAAGGCUUUGGCCAGUCUGCAGACUCAAGGGCAGAAACACGGUCAAGUUUGCAAUGAAUUCAUCUUCAUGUUGUUUUAAUGUGUAGUGACCUAAUAAAUUUGGAUAUCUUUAGAUAUCCAAACAUGACAACUAUAUUAGAUCCACACAUCUUUCCACUUGGCCCUCAGACCCUCCUCUGGUUUUGAUGUAGUUUUAAGUACUUAGUUUCCUUUAUAAUGUUAAAUCUCUUUUUCUUUGGUGACUAAACCUAGGCAGUAUGAAUUAACAACUAGUCAAGGUGAAGGUUAGCUUUUUGUUGCUGUGACAAAAUACCUGAGAACAUCAAUUUAAAGAAGGAAAGCUUUAUUUUGGCUCAUAGUUCACAAGUUUGAGUCAUUCCAUGAUGACUUGCCUUAGUGUUUCUAGGCUGUGGUGAGGCAGCGCAUCAUGGUGGAGGAAGAAUGGGUGGAGCAAAGCUGCUUAGACAACAGAGAGGAAGGGUUGGGAGGUGUCAAGACACACCCUUCAAAGGCACACCCCCAGUGACCUCCAACCAGACUCCAGCUCCUAGUCGUCCAUUGAGUUAUGAACUCAUCAAUGAACUAAUCCAUUGAAGUUGAAGCCCUCAUGAUCAGUCACACCUCAAAAGCCCAUCAACAAGCUUCCAAGCUAACACAUGAACCUUCAGGGGACAUUUUAGAUUCAACCAUAACAAGGAAUUCCUGAACUUCCUCCUGUGUCCCCACUCAUGGGUUGACAGUGUUCCUUGUUGUCUGACUAGGCACUUUCUGUAAUGUUCCUCAGCCUCUACGCCUCAUGGCAGUGUAGAAGGUGAGACGUGUUGGGUUUGCGUCUUCCCAGCGUUUCACAGACUGCUCUUUGGAGAGGGCUGAAAGCCACCCUUCUCUUUCCCAGUGAAGACACAUUUUCUGUCAGAUUCUAGGAAUUCUUCCUUCACAUUCAGUCAUUUUGCUAGGAAAAGUCUUCGUGUUGACUUUUCUGAGUCCUUUUUCUUUCCCUAUUAGAACAUGAUGUGUGAGUUCCUGUUACAGAUUUAGCUUUUUUUCAUUAUUUUAGUAAAACAUUUUCUAAACUUACUUUUUAGUUUUGUGUUGGUAUUUUGGGCACAAGUUUUUUUUA